AUGCCUCCACCAUCAGCUUCAUCUCAUAAGUAUCAUGUUUUUUUGAGUUUUAGAGGGGAAGAUACGCGUAAAACUUUUAUAGACCACCUCUAUGAAGAUUUGGUGCAAGUUGGGAUUAGUACAUUUAGAGACGAUGAGGAGCUCAGAAGAGGCACGGAAAUCAGAUCUGAACUGCUUCAAGCUAUUGAAGAUUCCACAAUCUCCAUUGUUGUGUUUUCAAAAAAUUAUGCCUCGUCUACUAUUUGGUGUCUUGAUGAGCUUUUGAAGAUCCUCGAGUGUAGAGAGCAGCAUGGUCAACUAGUUAUUCCUGUUUUCUACAACGUUAAUCCUUCUGAGGUACGUAGACAAGCUGGUACAUUUGGUAAAGCGUUUGCUGAGCACAAAAAACGUUUUGGGAAGAAGAAGGUGGAAAGUUGGAAAUCUGCUGUCACAAAAGCUGCGAAUUUAUCGGGAUGGGAUUUGCCAAAUAUCGAGAACGGGCAUGAAGCAAAAUUCAACAAGAAAUUAGUAGGAGAGGUCUUAGAAUUAGUAAAUCCCACAUGCAUGCACCUCCCAGAACUCGUAAUUGGGCCUAAUUCUCAUGCUGCGGGAGUGGUUUCUCUAUGCGACUUCUACUCAUCAGCUGGUGUCUGCAUGUUUGGGAUCUAUGGGAUGGCUGGCAUUGGCAAAACAACCGUUGCCAAAGCCGUGUACAAUCGAUUCCACAGGAGGUAUGAAGGUUUCUCCUUUGUGGCUCACGUAAGAGAGCGCUCGGAGAAUAACAUGCUUCACAACUUACAGGAACAACUUCUUUCAGAGGUUCUAAGAAAAGAGAACUUUGAAGUCCAUUAUAAUGUUGAUAAGGGAAAAUGCCUAAUCAAAGAAAGACUUGGUCAGAAGAAGGUCCUCAUUGUUCUUGAUGAUGUCGAUGACAUGAGCCAGAUAAAAGCAUUGGCGGAAGAGCGAAGGCCUGGUUCGGUUCGGGAGCACAAUAAUUAUUACAACCGAAGCGAGCAUUUGCUAGAUGAUGUUGGAGUAGACUAUAAGUACAAGGUAACAAGGAUUCUCUGUGCCGAAAAUUUGGAUCAUGAGUUGGUGAAAGACAUAGCACGUCUUGGUGGAGGGGUUCCUUUGGCACUCGAACAUUCACAAAGCACUCAAAAUAAGUUCGACUCACUUGAUGAGAACUCUAAGGAGAUUUUCCUUGACAUUGCGUGCUUUUUUAUUGGAGUCCAAGAAGAUUAUGCUAGUCUUGUAUUGACCGCUGUGGUCGCUCUUUUCGGCUUGGGAAAAGGAAUUUUUGGAAGAUGUUUACUCAAAAUUGAACGAAAUUAUUUGUGGAUGCACGAUUUAGUUCGAGAUAUGGCCAAAGAAAUUGUUCGUCAAGAGUCACUUAAAGAACCUCAUAUGCGCUCUAGAUUGUGGUUUCAUGAAGAUGUUCGUUAUGUGCUAGAAAAGAACAAGGGUAGUGAUCAGAUAGAAGGCAUCAGCGUCAUCCAUCCCAAAGUCAAAGAUAUAAUUGUGGACACAGAGGCCUUUUCAAGAAUGGAUAGGCUGAAAGUACUUCAAGCAAAAGGAAUGAAUCUUACUGGAAGCUUCAAAAAUGUGUUCGAGGAUCUGAGAUGGCUUAGCUGGCAGAAUUUCCCUUUGAAAUGUUUACCUACUGAUAGUCACCUAAGCAAGCUUGUGGCUCUGGACAUGCAAUAUAGCAACAUCACGGAAGCCUGGCAAUCCAACAUCAAGUCCCUGGAAAGCUUGAAACAUCUAAAUCUCAGUCAUUGUCAACGACUAAAGCGAACUCCCGACUUUUCUAGUGCGAUAAGUCUUGAGACACUAUUGUUUACAGGUUGCUCCGAGUUGGUUGAGGUUGAUUCAUCAAUAGGAAAAUUGGUGAAACUUGUUCACUUAAAUCUGAAAGACUGCAUCAGCCUCAUGUAUCUACCAAGCAGCAUUUGCAAGCUAAAAUCACUUCAAUAUUUAAAUAUGACUGGUUGCUCAGGUCUACAGCAACUUCCUGCUGAUUUGGGACGUUUGACAAACCUAAGAAGCUUAUCACUAGAAGGAUGCAACAGAAGUUUAAAGGCUCAAUCUUGGCGGACUUCUAUAUUAUCUUAUGUACCAUGGGCAGGAAGUAGUUCAUCACGUCCAGUGAGGUUGUUGCCACACUCGAUUUCCAAUUUAUGUCACUUGACGGAGCUCAAUCUCAAAGAUUGUAGGCUUUCAGAAGCAGAUAUUCCAACCAAUCUUGGGAGUUUAACCUCAUUGAAAUCCCUGAAUUUAGGAGGAAAUGAGUUUUACAGUCUCCCAUCAUCCCUCUUUUGCGACCUAUCUAAGCUACAUAGUCUUGUCCUGGAUAAUUGCAAGAAUCUUCAAAUGCUCUCACUACUUCCUCCUAAUCUGCUAAGGCUUCGUGCAAAUGAUUGCUCAUCCAUUGAAAGCCUAGACAUGUCAAACUACAAGAUAUUGCCCGAGCUCUAUGUAUCUAAUUGCGACAGAUUGUCCGAGAUUAAGGGCAUGGAAACUAUCCAAAAUGUUGAAUAUGUUUGCAUGGAGAGCAGUAGUAAGGUGGCAAGCCGUUUCUGCAGUGAAAGUUUCUUCCAGCUGACUGGAGAAUGUGAUGAAGAUCUUCCUUCUGCGAGCAGCUUCUUCAUUGCAGGUAGCAAGGUUCCAGAAUGGUUCAGCAACCGAGACUAUGGACCUAAGAUUACCAUAACUAUGCCAUCAAACAUAGAACAUAAAUUCCAGGGAAUGAUCCUUUGGUGUGUCUACAGUUGUAGAUACUGGGGAAGUUUUGAAUAUGGUCCUGUCUUAGAGAUCAGUGAUCAAACAAAUGGGAUUACAUGGGUCCUCUGCUUCCCAACUAUUACUGUGAACCAUAACAAACGUUCCUGGGUAAGCUUUGUGCCAAGACAUUACUUUUGUCCUGCUUUGAAAGGCGCAGAAACAAUAACAUUUUCUUUCAGUAUCAGAGAGCAAGGAUUCACAGGGUUACAAAUGAUAAAAUGUGGCGUUCAUCCAGUCUAUGCUGCUGCAGGAAGAGAAUUGCCAAAAAUUGAGGCUCGAGAUCCUCGGAGUAAUUUUGAGGAAAGGAGGAUCAUACCCUUGUGGAGACCAUCAUACAUUGUUGAGGUAGGCCAAGUUAUGACAUAUAUUCUUAAUAAUGGUACUGAUGGCAAGCAUACCCAGAAAGUCAUAUUCGAUGGGCUUCGUGUAAUUUCAAAAGAUGGUGAUGGACUUACUUGUUCCUUUCACGACAUCAUUGGCACACCUUACCAUGUAGAUCAAGAAAACUUCCGUCAGAUUUCGCAGGAAGCGUAUGACCAAAGUCGAGUGCAGAACACUACUGAUUGGAGGGAUUUAUUAUGCCAGGUAGCAGUCGACCAAAAGAACAGGUUAAGUUUGCAAGAUGGCUGUUGGAACACUUACAAUACUAAAGUUGUAAUUAGUUGAUCAUUUUCGCAAUUUGUACAUCCUUAUGUAUAUCCUACCCUCCCCAUACCCCACUUGUGGGGUUACACUGGGUAUAUUGAUGUUGUUUUCGCGAUUUGUAAGGCAUCUAAGUGAUUAUAUCUACAUUUCAAUUUGCCAAGUGCCACCCUAUAUAUGUUGAAUAAUGAACCUUGUAUUGGACGAAGAAAAAUAUUUUGAUUUGGCA